GGGGGAUGCAGCGACAGCGGCGGCGGCUCGUUGGAGUCGGUAUGGCGGGCUCCACGUCCGACAUCCAGCCGGAGUGAACUCUUUUUCUUUUUUGGUGGAUGUGGAUCCCACCACUGAUGCACUCCUCCUCCUCCUCCUCCUCUUCCUUUCCGUCCUCCCCUCCUCCCCAUCACCCUCUCCCUCCCCCACCCUACCCGGCCGCCCGCCCGCUCAUUUUUUAUGCAUUUUUCCUAACUGUCAUGGCGAUUUGGUGUCCUUGGAAAUAAGCAGCAGCAGCAGCGGCGGUUUUUCGCGCUCACCGGGCCGAGGGAGGCGGACGUCUCGCCGGACUGAGAGAGAGCGUCGCUGCGGCCGCCGGGGCAGAUGCAGUGACGACGUAGAAGAUGAAAAUUCACAAGAAGGACAAGCAGCAGCAGAUGUUGGGCGGCCUCCCGAAUCACACGUCGCCGCCGCCGUCGCAGUCCUCAUCGUCGGAACAGAAGAGCGGCGCGCACACUUCGCUUGCCACGCUCCCCAGGGGCCACCUCCUGGUGAGCUCCAAGGACCAGCUCCGGCUCCUGGCCCCCGUGGGCGGCGUGUCCAAUCACUGCAAGGCCCCCGCAGCGGCGGCGGCCGCACUGCGGCCCCUCUCCUCCCUGAGUGAGGAGGACGAUGGCGGCGGCGGCGGAAGGGUGAGGAAGAAACGCAAGAAAAAAGACAAACGGGAGAGGGGCGAAGGCGACGACAGGGCGGUCGCAGCCAAGAAGCACAAGCAAGACAGGGAGGCGCUUCCCGAUAAGAGGAAGGAGAGCAGGACCAAGGUGAGGGGGGACGCUGCCCUGGAUAACCGAACCGAGCUCAAGCAAGGCGCCAGGCGGAAAAGCACAUGUGCCCCCACCGCCACCAUGCCGCUCUCCACAGAUGUGCCUGUUAAGGUGCCCGGAAAACGAGGGAGGAAACCCAAGAUCAAAAUCCUACCUCCUCUUCCACCUCAUCAAGCCACUCCCCCUCCUGUCUCAGCCCCUCCCAUCAGACAGCAAGCCCUGCCCUCCAAGAACUACAACCAAGGUGGCCUCAAGCCCGCCGUCCACACGGCGCCCAGGCAGAGGGGCCGCAAACCCAGAGAUCCUGGCGCCGCCCCGGUGGAGAGGAAGAAGAAGGCCAAGAGGAGAACGCAGACGGCAGCUCUUCCCGAGGCGGCGGAGAGUGACGACACCACCUCGCUGUCCGUCAACACGGGCGGAGAGGACAGUCAGGACCCCAUGGACCAUGCGAAGCGCCGCUCGGGCCGUCAAGUGAAGCGCAGGAAGUACAACGAGGAUUUGGACCUGAAGGUGGUGGACGACGACGGGGAGACCAUCGCCGUCUUGGGAGCGGCACGCAUCGCCGCGCUCAACGCGACGGCGCUGGCCUGGCAAGCGGAGGAGCCUCCUGAGGACGAGGCCAACAUCAUUGAGAAGAUUCUUUCCGUGCGGCCGCUCAAGAAGGAGACGUCGUCGUCAUCGGAGGAACAAGGCGAGGAGACGGAAGAGUUUUACGUCAAGUACCGAAACUUUUCCUAUCUGCACUGCAAGUGGGCCACGCUGGACGAGCUGGAGAAAGAUCCCAGAAUCCACCAAAAAAUCAAACGCUUCAGGACCAAACGGGCGCAGAUGAAGCACCUCUUCAGCGAGCCUGAUGAGGAUUUAUUUAAUCCCGACUACGUGGAAGUGGACAGGGUGCUGGAGGUGGCCGUUACCACGGACACGGAGACCGGAGAGGAGGUGACGCACUACCUGGUGAAGUGGUGCAGCCUGUCCUACGAGGAGGCCACCUGGGAGCUCCAGGAGGACUUGGACCCGGAGAAAAUCAAAGAGUUUGAGGAGAUCCAGAAGCUGCCGCCUGACCUGCGACAUUUGGAGCGCCCUCUCCCUGACAAGUGGCAGAAGUUGGAGCGCUCUCGGGAUUAUCGUAACGGAAACCAGUUGAGGGAGUACCAGCUGGAAGGCAUGAACUGGUUGCUCUUCAACUGGUACAACAGGAAGAAUUGUAUCCUGGCUGACGAGAUGGGCCUGGGCAAGACCAUCCAGUCCAUCACGUUCCUGUACGAGAUGUUCAGCAUGGGCAUCAGGGGGCCCUUCCUCAUCAUCGCGCCCCUGUCCACCAUCACCAACUGGGAGCGGGAGUUCCGCACGUGGACGCGCAUGAACGUAAUCGUGUACCACGGCUCGCAGAUCAGCCGCCAGAUGAUCCUGCAGUACGAGAUGUUCCACCGCGACGCGCAGGGCAACGCGGGGCCGAGCGUGCUGAAGUUCCACGGGCUGAUCACCACCUUCGAGAUGGUGAUGGCCGACUGCCCCGAGCUGAAGAAGCUGCAGUGGCGCUGCGUGGUCAUCGACGAGGCGCACCGCCUCAAGAACCGCAACUGCAAGCUGCUCGAGGGACUCAAGCUCAUGAACCUGGAGCACAAAGUCCUGCUGACGGGGACGCCGCUGCAGAACUCUGUUGAGGAGUUGUUCAGCCUGCUCAACUUCCUGGAGCCACUGCAGUUCCCCUCGGAGAGCGGCUUCCUCGACGAGUUUGGUGACCUGAAAACCGAGGAGCAGGUGAAGAAGCUUCAGGCCAUCUUGAAGCCCAUGAUGCUGAGGAGGCUGAAGGACGACGUGGAAAAGAACCUGGCCCCCAAAGAGGAGACCAUCAUCGAGGUGGAGCUGACCAACAUGCAGAAGAAGUACUACCGGGCCAUCCUGGAGAAGAACUUCUCCUUCCUGUCCAAAGGAGCCAACCAGCACAACAUGCCCAACCUCAUCAACACCAUGAUGGAGUUGCGCAAGUGCUGCAAUCACCCUUACUUGAUCACUGGAGCCGAGGAGAAGAUCCUGGAGAGCUUCCGGAAGAGUCACGGCCCGGACACGUCCGACCUGCAGCUGCAGGCCAUGAUCCAGGCGGCCGGCAAGCUGGUCCUCAUCGACAAGCUGCUGCCCAAACUGCUGAGUGGAGGACACAAGGUCUUGGUCUUCUCGCAGAUGGUCCGCUGCCUUGACAUACUGGAGGACUACCUCAUUCAGAGGCGUUACACGUACGAGCGCAUCGACGGGCGCGUCCGUGGCAACCUUCGACAGGCAGCCAUCGACCGCUUCUGCAAGCCGGACUCGGACCGCUUCGUCUUCCUGCUGUGCACCCGGGCGGGCGGCCUGGGCAUCAACCUGACGGCCGCCGACACCUGCAUCAUCUUCGACUCGGACUGGAACCCGCAGAACGACCUGCAGGCACAGGCGCGCUGCCACCGCAUCGGGCAGAGCAAAGCGGUCAAAGUCUACCGGCUGGUCACCAGAAACUCGUAUGAGCGGGAGAUGUUCGACAAGGCCAGCCUCAAGCUGGGCCUGGACAAGGCCGUGCUGCAGGACAUCAACCGCAAGGGCGGGCUCAACGGUGUGCAGCAGCUGUCCAAGUCUGAGCUGGAGGACUUGCUGAAGAAAGGCGCUUACGGCGCGCUGAUGGACGAAGAGGAUGAAGGCUCCAAGUUCUGCGAGGAGGACAUCGACCAGAUCCUGCAGAGACGUACGCGGACCAUCACCAUCCAGUCUGAGGGAAAGGGCUCCACCUUCGCUAAGGCCAGCUUCAUCUCGUCAGGGAACCGCACCGACAUCUCUCUAGACGACCCUAACUUCUGGCAGAAGUGGGCCAAGAUCGCCGAAGUGGAGAUCGACUCCAAGUCGGAGAAGGAAUCCCUAGUGAUCGACACGCCUCGCGUGCGGAAGCAGACGCGCCACUACAACUCGUUCGAAGAUGACGAGCUGAUGGAGUUCUCGGAGCUGGACAGCGACUCCGAGGAGAAGCCGUGUCGCGGCCGCCGCCUGGCGGAGCGUGGCCGUCGCUACCUUCGGGCAGAGUGCUUCCGCGUGGAGAAGAACCUGCUCAUCUUUGGGUGGGGCCGCUGGAAGGACAUCCUCAACCACGGUCGUUUCAAGUGGCACCUGGCAGAGAGGGACAUGGAGGCCAUCUGCAGAGCUCUCCUGGUUUACUGUCUGAAGCACUACAAAGGUGACGACAAGAUCAAGAGUUUCAUCUGGGACCUGAUCUCCCCCAGCAAGGAGGGCCAGGACCAGGACCAGGAGCUGCUCAACCACUCGGGUCUUUCAGCUCCGGUUCCUCGCGGGCGGAAGGGCAACAAACUCAAGAGUCCGCUGAGCGUUCCCGAGUUGAAGAACGCCGAUUGGCUGGCUCACUGCAACCCCGAAGUGGUUCUGCAGGAUGACAGCUACAAGAAACACCUCAAACAACACUGCAACAAGGUUCUGCUGAGGGUGAGGAUGUUGUACUACCUGAAGGUGGAGGUUCUGGGUGAAGCAGCCAAUCAGGCUCUGGAGGGCACAUCCGCCAGCAAACUGGACGUGUCGCUGCCCGACAUCGACUACAUCGAGAUUCCGGCGUCGUGGUGGGACACCGAGGCAGACAAGUCUCUGCUCGUUGGCGUCCACAAGCACGGGUACGAGCGCUACCACGCCAUGCGCGCCGACGCCGACUUGUGCUUCCUGGAGAGGGUCGGCAUGCCCGACGUUACCGCGCUCUCGGCCGAGCAGGGAGGAGGCGAGGUGGCCGCCGACGUCGCCGACAGCGUUGUGAAAGCGGAAGAUAUCAGCGAGAUCACAAACAGCAAAAGCGAAGCAGGAGACCACGUCAGCAAGGCGGGGGAGAUCCACUCGAGCGCCGACGCCUCCGACAAGCCCCACAACGAUGGCGCGGCACCAGAGUCGCACGUGGCUGCCGCCGCCCAGGACUCCACCCUGGUCACGACCACCUUCGGCGGGGGCGCCGGAAGCGGCACCGGGGUGGCGGCCCUGCACGUGGUCCACGCGCGCCCCCUGUGGCCCAGCGGCCCGGCGUUGACAUCCCGGCUGCGUCGCCUCAUUGCCGCCUACCAGCGUUUCACGCUGCGCCGCGAGCCCCUCCUGCGACCAGACUUGUUGCUCCACGACGGCCUGGCGGGCCCGGGGGUGAUGGGCGGCGGCGCGGGAUGCACCCCGUUUGGGCACCGCGCUGACGGGGCGCUGGCCUGGCAGCUGGGCGAGGAGCUGAGGCGCUGCUCCGCCACCCACGCCGAAUCGGACGCUGUUUUUCUGGAGUGGCAGAGAAGGUGGACGCGUCGCGAGCAGAUGGACUUCUACCGCACGGUGUCGUCCUUCGGCGUGGCCUUCGACCCCGACAGGAAGCUCUUCGACUGGUCGCAGUUCCGCGUGCUGGCGCGACUGGAGAGGAAGAUGGACGACAGCCUGGAGCGAUACUUCAACUCCUUCGUCAACAUGUGCCGCACCGCCUGCAAGCUGCCGCCCAGGAAGGAAGAAGGUCUGGCGGACGCCGCCGUUGCCGUCGAGCCUCUGACGGAAGAGCGAGCCGCUCGGACGUUGUACCGCAUCGAGCUUCUCCGCAAGAUCCGUGAGCAGGUCCUGCGGCACCCGCUGCUGUCGGCCCGCCUGCAGCUGUGCCGCCCCUCGCUCUACCUCCCCGUGUGGUGGGAGCCGGGCAAACACGACCGCGACCUCCUGGUGGGGGCGGCGCGACACGGCUUGAGUCGCACAGACUUCUACAUCCUCAACGACCCUCAGCUCAGCUUCCUCGACGCCCACAGGAACUACGUGAGGGGACACCACACCUCGCAUCUUCACAGGCUGCCACCCCCCCACUGCUGCCUGUAUGACCCCCCUCAGCCUCCAGAGUACCCCCACCGGGCCCCCCAGCAGGCCGCAGCUCCCUCAGCACCCUUCUCUUCGUCGUCUUCCUCUUCUCACCACCACGCUGUUCCUGCGCCCCCGCUGGACGAGGCAGCCUCGCCGGGCCUGGGAAUAGCGUCUGCUUCUCGGGGGGACUUCCUGGACUGCCCCCCGCUGGACGAGAGCCUGGCCGACCUAGACCCGAUGUCGACGGAGGCGCUGCACGGGGGCAAGGCCUCCAAGGACGCACUGAACGGCUUCCCCUUCAACUCGGCGGCGGGCGGUCAGAGCAUGCUCAACUCGUACGGCCAGCUGGGGGGGGCCGACUUGCGCUCCAAGCUGAGGAGCGACGUGCUGGUGGGCGAGCAGGGCUCGUCCGAGGAGACCGGCCUUCUGGCGCCGUCCGUGGAGCUGGAUCGGCUGCAGGCUCCCUGGGACGGGACGGACCACUCCAGCCCGGCUCACCACAUGUUCAACGAGUCCGACCCCAUCCUGGGUCCGACGGGCUUCCUGGAGGAAGAGGACGAGGAGGCGCCGCGGGGGGGCGGCGGCGGCGGGGGCGAUGGGACUCUUGAGGAGUGUCUGGGCCUGCCGCCGUCGUCCUCUCCCUCUCACCCCUCGGCCGCCGAUUCUGUGGAGUCGGCCAGCUUCAUGCUCUUCAAGGACAUCGGCGUGAGCGAAGAAGCCGGCGUGGACCAAAGCGACCUGGCGGCCAGCCCCCUGCCACCCUACAUUCCCUCGCACUCUCCGCUCUCUCCUCCCGACAUCACGGGCGACUCGUGCCCGGCGGGUUCUGCCGAGGAGGUUGGGGGUCAGCACGUGGGAGGAGGCGUCUUCAAGUUUGACGUCAAGGGUGAAGACAGUGUGGAAAAAGACAACAUUUUACUUGAGGACCACUGUGACCCGCAUCAAGCCGUUCAUCCGACUCUGCGUCUGCCUUUGGACUUGGCGCACAUGGACGCCGCUGAGACACCGUCGUCGGCCUUGAGAGACCCGCAGGACGGCAUGGAGGUCCCCAACCAGCUGUGUCCGGACCUCAUGUGUCCCAUGGAGGAGGUGGACACCUUGAUGUUUGCAGAAGAGGAAGAGGAGAAUGAGGAGGAGGAGGAGGAGGAAGAGGAGCAGACGAGUGUGGCCGACUUAAUGGCCGAGGCACCCGGAGAGCUCCUCCGGGGAGACGGACGCCAGAACGGCGGCGAGCCUGUAGGGGACCGGUACUGUCUUCUGGACGGCACUGUGGCGGACUGCCGGGAAGACCCGGUUCCACCCUCGGAGGAGAAACUUGAGCUCCAAAUAAAGACCGAAAACCGGGACACCCAGACGAGCUCCGUCAAGUCCGAAGACGCUGGUUCCAAAUCGGAAGGAGCAAAUUCCAAAUGCGAAGCCGUCAAGACAGAGAGCUGCCAACUUAAACGGGAAGUCCUCCAUCUGACGGCCGACGAGACCAAACCUGAGGGUCUGGAUUUGAGCGGCGUCAAAAGCGAGAGCGGGCGGGACUUUUUGGAGGCCAAGACGGAGCAGGUGGACCGCACCGGGGAGCUGAAAGAACAGCCCAAGGAGGAGGAGACGUCCUCCUCGCCAGGUAAGAUACGACUCGGAACAUCUUCGCGUUCCGUGGCGGCUGUGGAGGACUUUUCUGGAAGUCCCGGGUUCACGACUCCCUUUUCCGUGUGCCACGAGGCCCCCGAAAUUCACGAUGCCCGAGAGCCCACCAUUGCUCAACUCCUCCAGGAGAAAGCGCUUUACUCCUACUCCGACUGGCCCAAGGACCGCGUGAUCAUCAACCGGCUGGACAGCAUCUGCCACACCAUCCUGAAGGGGAAGUGGCCCUCGUCCAGCGACCAGUACGACCCGCCGGCCUCAGUCAGCGCCAAUCACUUGGCCCAGCAACACCUCCAGCGGACCGCCUUCCACCUGAGCACCGCUAGCACCUCCUCGUCCUCGUCCAGCCAGGCCAGGAUCCAGCAGGCCACCCCGAGCCUGGCCUUCCCCAUCAUACCGCCUCCUCUCACCAGGCUGCCCAAGCACGCCGGGCGGGGCGGUGGCCGCGGGGCAUGGCGCCUCACCUCCCUCCCUCUCUUACAGGAGAGAUUGGUGGCGCCGCCCUUCCUCCCCGAGCUCAAGCGCCCCGCGGGGCGGCGCCCCUUCGACUAUGAAGCGGCGGCGGCUAAGGUGUUAGCGGGGAAGGCGGCGGCGUCCUCAGGCAGGACCCCCGUUGGGGAUGCGCCGCCCAAUCAGCGGGCCGGCGCCCUGUUGAUGAACGGUUGGCAGGAGGCGGCCAUGGAUCUCAGCAAGUCGCCGGGCGACUCGCUCGCCUCCGGGUCAGGGGACAGCACCCGCAAGCUGCCCCUGCCGCCGCCCAUUACGGCGCCCCUGGCGGGCUCGGCCGGAAUGGACAUGGCGGGAAUCCUGCAGGCCGGACUCAUUCAUCCCGUGACGGGACAAAUUGUCAACGGGAGUCUGAGGGGGGACGACUCCCUGAAGAGGAGACGCGGGCGAAGGAGAAACGUCGAGGCGCUCUAUUCAGAAUUCACCAAAGCUCAAGCCGUGCAUCUCCCUGAUACCACACAGUCACAUCUUACAGCACAAGUCCUGGUCCGCAAAGAACUUCCACAGCGUCAAAGGGAUGUCAUUGUUCAAAGGCAUCAGUCGGGAGAAGGGUACAAAAGGAUUUCCAAGGCAUUAAAUGUUCCGUGGAGCACAGUGAAGGCCGUCAUCAUCAAGUGGAGAAAAUUCGGCACCACCGAGUCGUUGCCGAGAAGUGGACGUCCCUCCAAAACGGACGAAAAGACCAGAAGUGCGCUCAAGGAGGCUGCCAAGAGGCCGGCAGCAACAUUGAAGGAGCUGCAGGAAUUUCUGGGUCGCGCGGAGGCUCUGAGCCAGUCGUCGGUGUCGUCAUCCACGUCGUCGCCGUCUCCCUCCUCCUCGGAGCGUCCGCUAGCGACCCCUACGCUGUCAACCGCGUCGACGCCCGCGUCGCCCCACCCCGAGGUGGCGGCCAUGGAGCGGGAGGCGGCCAGCAAAGGUUUGAUGGAGUGGCUGCGACAUAAACCGGGAUACAGCUUGGACCUUCCUUUCGCCCACGUGGGCGCGGGGGUUCUGCACGGCCUGGUGGAGCGGCCCAAGCAGCGGCGCCAUCGCUGCAAAGAUCCCACCAAGCUGGACGUCAACUCCUUGACGGGCGACGAGCGCGUGCCCGUCGUGCAUCGCGGCACCGGACGGAGGCUGGGUGGCGCUAUGGCUCCAGCCAUCAAGGAGCUGUCCCGCUGGUUGGACGCCAACUCGGAAUACUUUGUGGCUACGGACUGGGCGGACGUGGUCAAACAUUCCGGUUUCCUUCCGGAGGGAAAGUUCUCCCGCAUCCUCACUGAACCGGUCAACAGAGACUCCUCGUCGCGCCGCCGCGGCCGCCGCCCCCGCAGCGAAAUGCCCAAGCCCCUUCUGUCAGACGGCGCGGGCCUGCCGCCGCCCGUCUUCAUGAACGGCGCUCUGAUGGGCGGCGUCGACUCUGUGGUGGCUAUGCAGAGCCUACGCGCCGGAAUACCCGGGAUCCCCAUCUCUGGUGUCGUGACGGCGGGCUUCCCUCACGUUUACCCGGCGGGCGUCGGCGGGGCUUCGGCGGACGACGCCAAGAACGGCUUGAGCGUGUUACCCAUGAUGCUGCACGGGGCCGCCGUCCCGCAGCACGCCCUGUUCAGCGUGGGCGCCGUCAUGCCACUGCACGCCGCCUCGUCGGCACCAGCUGCCAAAGUCACCGCCGACGUCAGCGCGUCCGAGGCGGGCGGCGGUGCGUCCGCCGUGCCGGCCGAGACCGCCGCCCCUUCCGGGGGCCAGAGUACGUGCGAGCCGCAUCCCGGCGGGCGUCUGACUUUCAACCCCUUCCUGAUACCCGGCGUGUCGCACGGCCUCCUCUACCCGCACAUGUUCCUGCCGCACGGCGGCAUCAUGGCGCUGCCCGCCGUGCCGCCCGGCGCCUCCGCUAAUGACGGCUCCCCGACGAGCCCCAAGAGGAGGCGGCGGCGAGAGCGCGACGAGCCGGAGCGGGAGCCCGAGUGUCCGGAGCUGGAACGCCGAGAGCCCGGGUUGCACGAGGAGCGACGCCAGGAGUCGGAACGCCGUCAGGAGGAGUCUGAACGCAAGGAGGAGUCGGAGCAGGAUACGGAACGUCGCGAGGAGCCGGCGCGUCGCCACGAGGCCGAUCCCAGCCAAAGUACAUUGGACCUGUCCUUUUCGGUGUCCUCCUCGCAGGAAGUGGACUGCCAGCAGCAGCCUGAGGGGGCGCGACAAGGAGGAGGACCAGAACCAGAACGGGAGGAGCGGGAAGCGUAAAGGGGCGAAGGAGGAAGGAAACAGUCGAGUGUAAAGUUUGUGCCGUGUCUGUCUGUCAGUCAGUCAGUCGUCCCACUUGAAUUCUUCUUCUUCUUCUGACAAUGAUUAAUGAUCACAUCACGUUUAUAUCGCAGGACCCCCCCCCCCCCCCCCCCCCACACAGUCUAAAUGCUCCCACACAGUUUGUUUCCCCCUGUUCUCUGGUUUUAUUGUGUUCAGCGCCUGCAAAGUGUCCACAUUCAAGAUGGCACUCUCGGGCGAGCGCACGCUUCACUUUUCCACUUUACCUUUUGAAAUUUGACCCCUGAUGACAAAAGCAAAGCAGAGAACAAUCAUGACGCACACGUUGUUGUUGUUUUUACCAUUUUUUAUUUUGGGACUGAGAGGAUCAUGAAGCUUUUGAAAACGCACACACAGUCACUUUCAUACUGGCAAGUGUUCGAGCCACACUCAAAAGAAAACAAAAUACUACCACAAUAAAGUUGGUUCAUACAGAAUAAAGACUUUUUUUUUUUAACUGCUGUUAAUAUUUCGAUAAUAAAAUUGUAUUUAAGAGGGAAAGUAAGCAAGAGAAUAUAAUUUUUUUCCUUGUUAAAUUUCAACGUUACUCUUGGAAAAAAUACCACUUUAAUCACAAUAAAACAACCUGAUUCUUCAGAAAGUAAGACACCCCCUUCAAAAAAUGUGAUUUUUUUUUUUUUUUUUCUUAUCUCAGAUAAAUUUUAUGUUUUAGUGUUAUGAUUUUUUUUAAUAGUGGAAAGAUUUCACUUUUUCUAAAAAUUACUCCCCCCUCCCCAGAUAAAGGAACUUAAACCUUUUUAUCCCCCCCAUAAUUAACCUCUAAUUUUGAAAUACUAGUGUGAAUUUCUCUUGAAACAAUAUUUGUGUAAGAAUACAACUUUUUUCUUCAAAAAUGUUUUCUUUCUUAAAUUCAACUUGUUCCAAAAAGCAAAUCCAACUGAUAUGAUUUCCUCCCCAAAACAAUUUUAUCUCAAAAAGGUAUGACAAUUCACAAAUCCUAAUUAUAUAAUGUUUAUUUUCAUGAUGUGCUUUUUUUUUCUACUGAGGAUCAUGGACAUUUUUUUAUAGCACAGUCACUUUUAUACUCAUGAAUGUUUGAGCCACUCAAAAGAAAAGAAUUCACUGCUACAAAGUCAAAUUUUUUUCAAAUAAAAUGAAUUGGGAGUUUAGGUAGAAUGCGCUAAUAACAGAAAAUAGAAGAAAGUCUGUCAUCAUUGUCAUAUUACACAUUUUUCUUCACCCCAAAUUGUACGCCUUAUCGAGAAAAAUCCAAUUUUUAUUCUUGGAAGACCUUUUGAAAAUACGUCUUUAUUCUUGAAAUGGUAGUUUUUCGUCUCUAACUUUUUUGACUUUUGUUCUAAAACAAUCUGCGUAAUCACAUAAUAAUAAGACUUUAUCCCAGUGGGGACACAAAAUUAUUCUCGUGAGAAUACAACUUUUUUUUUUUCUUGGGGGGGGAAAAAAAGAAAAUCUCGAAAGUCCACAACUUUAAUCUUAAAUAAUGAACAUUUUAUCUUGGGGCGGGAAAAAUCUGAUUUGACUUUAUUUUUGUCAUAUUACAACGUUAUUCCUGAGUAUAAGACUUUCCUCCCCCGAAACCCCCCAAAUUCUCACUUUUCUAUUGGCAGUAUGAAAGGAAUUUUCUUUUGAGUGUGGCUCUCUCACUCAGUUUGUACUUUCCCAGUUGGGCCUGCAGGGGGCAGCAACAGAUCCGUUUUCACAUUCAGCACAGGAACACAUUGAUGCAUUUACACAUUUCCAUUUGACAGAAACAUGGAGGCUGAGCGUGCGAGCAUGUGUGGUUGUAGGCCUCAUCUUUUAAAUCCUUUGUUACAACAUUCUAAAUAUAUAUGCAUACAGUACACACACACACAGUGGUGCUCGUAAUUUUACAUACCAUAGCAGAAUUUAAGAUUUCUUGGCCAUUUUUCAGAGAAUAUGAAUGAUGACACAAAACCUUUUCUUUCUCUCAUGGUAAGUGCUUGGGUGAAGCCAUUUCUUGUCAAACAACUGUGUUUGCCCUCUUUUGAAAUCCUAAUGACAACAGAAACUACACAAAUGACCCUGAUCAAAAGUUGACAUAGUCUUGAGAUUUUGGCCUGAUAACAUGCACACAAGUUGACACAAAUGGGUUUGAAUGGCUAUUCAAGGUAACCAUCCACGCCUCUCAUCUGUCUGCUUGUGAUCAGUGUGUGUGUGUAUGAAGGUUCAGUGAGUUUGUGGGGUCCUGACAGACCCUUGCACUGACAUCUCUGGCUUCGGAGUCAUGGGGAAAGCAAAAGAAUUGUCAAAAGAUCUGCGGGAAAAGGUCAUUGAACUUUAGCAAACAGGAAAGGGAUAAAAGAAGACGUCCAAGGAACUGAGAAGGCCAAUCAGCAGUGUUGAAAGUCGAAUUAAGAAGUGGAAAAUGAGAGAUUCCGUUGAAACCAAACCACGAUCAGGAUCGAACAACAACAAUUUGCGCCACAGCGGCCAGGAAAAUUGUUUGGGUUGCAAAGAAAAACCCACAGGCGAGUUCAGCUGAAAUACAGGACACAAGUGGUGGCGGAUGUUUCAAGAUGCACAAUAAGGAGGCACUUGAAGAAAAAUGGGCCGCACGGUCGAGCCGCCAGGAGGAAGCCGUUGCUACGCCGAUGCCGCAAAAAAAGAGACGAGCCUCAAAACUGCUGGAACAAAAUCAGUUGCAGUGAUGAGACUAAAAGGGAACUUUUUGGCCACAACCAUAAACGUUCCAUUUGGGGAGGAGUCAACAAGGCCUACGAUGAAAGGUACACCACUCCUACUGUCAAACACGGAGGUGGAUCGCUGAUGUUUACCGUCAGAGAAAAUCAAGAGCCUCAUCCGCAUCGGCCGCAAAAGACUCCGAGCUGUCAUUGAUGUUCAAGGGGGCAAUGCACCUGAUUCCGAACUUUGGACCAGGGUCAUUAGGAUUUCAAAAGAGGAAACGGUUGUUUGAGAAGAAUUGGCUUCACCUGAGCACUAACCAUAAGUGAAAGAGAGGUUUUUGUGUUAUCAUUCAUAUUCUCUGAAAAAUGGCCCAGAAAUCAUACAUUCUGCCAGAGUAUAUAAAAGUUUUUAUAUAACCGUGU